AUGGCGAGUUUCGCAUCAGCAGAUUUAUCUCUUUCAGAUGGAAAGCUGACAGUUUCCGGCAACUACAUUUUAACAGAUAUUCGCGAUAAUGUUUUACUAAACCCAGCAAAAGACAAUCAAGGCAGCUUCAUCGGUGUUAAAUCGGAUCAAUAUGGUAGCCGCCUGGUUUUCCCAAUUGGAAAGCUCAGGGGAUUGAGAUUUUUGUGCCUUUAUCGGUUCAAGUUAUGGUGGAUGACUCAGAGGAUGGGGACAUGUGGCCAGGAUAUACCCUGUGAGACCCAGUUUCUAAUGGUGGAGGUGUUCGAGGGUUCACCAUCUGGUGAAGAGGAUGAACGACAACCUCAAUCACCUUGUUAUGCUGUAUUCUUGCCGAUUAUCGAGGGCGAUUUCAGGGCUGCGCUUCAGGGAAAUGUUGAUGAUGAGCUGGAAAUCUGCUUCGAGAGUGGUGAUCCUGCUGUGCAAGAAUAUGAAGGGAGAUAUGUGGUUUAUGUGGCAGCUGGGAAUGAUCCAUAUAGCUUAAUCGAAUACUCGGUCAAGUAUCUAGAGACUCAUUUACAGACAUUUAGCCAUCGUGAUAGAAGAGAGAUGCCGGAUAUGCUCAACUGGUUUGGGUGGUGCACUUGGGAUGCUUUCUACACUGAUGUCUCAGCUGAGGGAGUUAAGGAAGGACUAAAAAGUUUGAAGGAAGGUGGAGCUCCUCCGAAAUUCCGCAUCAUUGAUGACGGAUGGCAAACAGUUGGCAUGGACUCAAUUGGUACAAAAGCAAAACUUGAGGACACGGCCAAUUUGGCAGAUCGUUUAACUCAUAUAAGAGAAAAUCACAAGUUCCAAAACUACGGUACAAGUGGCGACACGGGAUUACACCAAUUUAUCUCCAACAUCAAAGAUGAAUUCUCUCUCAAGUACGUCUAUAUGUGGCACGCCAUAGUUGGGUACUGGGGCGGUGUCCAACCGGGUAUAGUACAAAUGGAUCAGUACAAGCCCGAGAUUGUAAAUGUAGUCCCUCCCUUGGGGGUCGUAUCAAAUGGCAUCUGCUUUGUCUUAAAGAGCCUCAUGAAGAACAAGGUUGGCCUUGUGAACCCAGAGAAAAUCCAAGCCUUCUACAAUGAUCUGCAUGGCUACCUUGCUUCGGCAGGCGUUGAUGGGGUCAAGGUUGACAAUCAGAGCAUACUGGAAGCUCUCGGGUCAGGAUUCGGCGGACGUGUGAAACUUGCGAGAAAGUACCAUGAAUCAUUGGAGGCGUCUGUUUCUAGAAACUUCAAGAACAAUGGGAUUAUUGCUUGCAUGAGUCAUGCCACAGACGCUUUGUACAAUACAACGAAAUCUGGUGUUGUUAGAGCAUCGGAUGAUUUCUUUCCGAGAGAUCCAGCAUCACACACAAUCCAUGUGGCAUCAGUUGCUUACAACACCAUUUUUCUUGGGGAGUUCAUGCAGCCCGAUUGGGACAUGUUUCAUAGCUUGCAUCCCAUGGCUGAAUACCACGGGGCUGCUCGUGCUGUUGGAGGCUGUGCGAUCUAUGUCAGUGAUAAACCAGGGAACCAUGAUUUCGAUGUCCUAAGAAAGCUCGUGCUUCCUGACGGCUCCACACUGAGGGCUAAACUACCCGGGAGGCCGACUAAAGACUGCAUGUUUUCAGAUCCCACUAGAGAUGGAAAAAGUCUUCUGAAAAUUUGGAAUAUGAAUGAUUUUAGUGGAGUCAUUGGGGUUUUCAACUGUCAAGGGGCUUCUUGGAGCCGGGAGACUAUAAAAUAUAUGAUCCAUGAUCAACAACCCGAGACAAUCUCUGGUGUUGUUCGAGCAACAGAUGUUCCACAUCUCGGAAGCAUUGUUGAAAGCGGAUGGAAUGGAGAUUGCAUUAUGUAUUCUCACAGAGAGGGGAAACUCGCAUAUGUCCCGGAUAAGACAACACUACCUGUGCAACUGAAAGCUCGUGAAUACGAAGUAUUUACAGUUGUUCCGGCCAAGCGGUUGUCCAAUGGGGCAGCAUUUGCUCCAAUAGGUCUCCUCAAGAUGUUCAAUUCUGGCGGAGCCAUAAAACAGGUGAAGUACGAAACCGAGAAAACUGGGUGCGUUGAUCUCAAGGUUGUUGGGUGUGGUACGUUUGGAGCAUAUUUGUCUGUGAUGCCUAAGAAGAUAGUAAUUGACGGGAAAGAUGAGGUUUUCGAGUAUGAGGAGAACUCGGGGUUCAUAACUGUCACUUUAGGGGUUCCGGAGGAAGAAUUAUACCAGUGGAAACUGACAAUUGAACUUUGA